AUGGAGUAUUCGUUGACUACUAUGUUUGGUGAUGUGAUUGGAAUGGCUUUAUUUGAUUCUGUUGUCAAUGAGCUAACUCUUUUGUACAAUGAGUACAAGUGUUUGUAUGAAACUGGUGGAAGCAAUGUUAGUCACUUGACUCAACUUGAAGGAGGUACUCAGUCUGCCUCAGUCCCUCUCCCUAUGUCUGUUGCUGGUGCCAGAAAGCCUCCAUCAGUAAUGAAAGCAAGAUUCAAGCAACACAGAAGGGAAAUGGGAACUUCGAGUUAUCGAAAGAGUGAGCUUGAAAUGUAUCUGAAUGAGGAUAUAAUGGAAGAUGGAGAUGAGUUGGAUGUGUUAACAUGGUGGAAGCAAAAUGCACAAAGAUUUCCAGUCCUAUCUAGACUUGCCCGCGAUAUUCUAGCUGUUCCCAUUUCUACUGUGGCAUCUGAGUCUGCAUUCAGUACUGGUGGAAGAGUACUAGAUUGCUUCAGGAGUUCUUUAACUCCUAAGAUUGUGGAAGCUCUCAUUUGUACUCAAGACUGGUUAAGAGCAUCAAAUUCUCCACUUUUGGUUGAAGAAUGCAUUGAUGAGCUGGAAAAGUUUGAGCAAGGUUAUGCUUUCUAUUCUUGUCUUUUUUUUAUUUCAAAUUUCAUCUAUAUUUUGUGCCUUAUAUUCUGAUCUUUCCUCUCUAUUUUCUUCAUUCAGAGUUGCCAAAUGUUGGUCCUCCUGCUCACUGAAACAAGCAAUGUACUGCUUUUUGUCUUUUGGAAACACAUAUGUUUCAAUUUGGACUUCUGGUGGAAGCCAAAAUAUCUGAAAUGUCCCUGUCCCUGUCCCUUGAAAGCUAAUCUGAAAUGUCCCUGUCCCUGAAUCUAAACAAUGCUGGUGGAAGCAUUAAAGGCUGACUUUGUUCAGAAUCUGCACUGCAGUGCAGAGCCAGUGCUUGCCUUUCAUGUUGAUAUGGAAUGCAAUGAAUCCUGGCCCCUCUCGGAUCCUUUCAAAUCAAUUGAGCUUUAUUUUUGCUAUUCCAAUUGAUAUAUGCAAAUUAUUUGUUGAUUUGCACAUUUUUGUAAUACUUAAACAAUUAUUUUUUUGUGACUUCAUUUGUAUAUUUUGUAAUAGGGAGUUUGUAUAUUCUGGGAUAGGGAAUUUGUAUUAAAGGGGUUAAAAACAUUCAGAUAUGUAAUUUUUAGUGAUGUUUAUAUU